GCGGAUAGUUUGGUCAAUGCGUUCUAUCCACCGUCCAUUGACAGCUAGAACCUGAUUCUUAUUCUUACAUUGGGGAAGGGGAACCUAUGUUUGUGGGUCCCAUUCUCCAAAAUUUAAGCCAGUAAUAGCUGCUUACUACCAACUAUAUCUAGUCUAGUAUUUGUUUAAGUGAAUUGCCAGAGCACCAAUCGCAAAAAAAAAAAAAAAACGUUUGUCUUAGGAGAAAAAAUGGCGGAGCAACUCACUGAGGAGCAGAUCGCUGAGUUCAAGGAAGCUUUUAGCCUCUUCGACAAGGAUGGUGAUGGCUGCAUCACUACAAAAGAGUUGGGAACAGUGAUGAGAUCUCUUGGACAAAAUCCAACUGAAGCUGAACUGCAGGAUAUGAUCAAUGAGGUUGAUGCUGAUCAAAAUGGCACCAUAGACUUCCCUGAGUUCUUGAAUUUGAUGGCAAGGAAAAUGAAGGAUACUGAUUCAGAGGAGGAACUUAAGGAAGCUUUUAAGGUUUUUGAUAAGGAUCAGAAUGGCUUUAUUUCUGCUGCUGAGCUCCGGCAUGUGAUGACAAAUCUUGGGGAAAAGUUGACAGAUGAAGAAGUGGAUGAAAUGAUUCGAGAAGCAGAUAUAGAUGGUGACGGACAGGUGAACUAUGAAGAGUUUGUAACGAUGAUGCUAGCAAAGUGAUAGCAGUUGCUUUGUUUUGCAGUAGGUACAGAUAAGUAGGCCGAAUUGAUCACAUAAAUUUACUAUCACUUUGUUCAUAGUUUCUGAACAAGGAUAGGUUCUUUACUUUCUGUUUAAGCAGUAUGUUGCACUGUUUCAAAUUUGUUAUUACUUGAUUUCAGUUCAGGAAUUUUCUUUUAAAGUGUUGCUAUUAUUAUUGUGUCAAAAUGUGCGUGAGCUGAUGAUGUUUAAAACAAGUAAAGUUUUCGGAGUACAGUAUGCAAAUAGAAGGUAUUAGCACUUUAAUGACCUCCCAUUUAAGAAAUGGGAUCACGUAAUUAUGAAUUAUCUGGUUUUUCCUUGAUUGAA